CGUGGCCUACGCGGCGCUUCCCGGUCGACGCCUACUCCCAGAAGGCCGCGGGCGAGGAUCUGGAGGCGGGGCGCUCCCGGCAUGCUCUACGGCACUCCACCGUCCGCGGGUUUUGAAUCGCGUUCUUGGCCGUGUUGGCUGGGGGUGUGACGGCAGCAUCAUGGGGGCCCCGGCGCUGCCCCCGACCUGGCAGCUGUAUCUCCUGGAGCACCGCAUCUCCACCUACAAAAACUGGCCCUUCGAGGAGGGCUGCUCCUGCACCCCAGAGCAGAUGGCGGAGGCUGGCUUCAUCCACUGCCCUACGGAGAAUGAGCCUGACUUGGCCCAGUGUUUUUUCUGCUUUAAGGAGUUGGAAGGCUGGGAACCAGAUGACAACCCUAUAGAGGAGCAUAAAAAGCACUCACCUGGGUGUGCCUUCAUUGCUGUCAAGAAGAAGGUUGAAGAACUAACCCUCAGUGAAUUUCUGAAACUGGACAAAGAAAGAGCCAAGAACAAAAUUGCAAAGGAGUCCAACAGCAAGCUGAAAGAAUUCCAAGAAACUUCAAAGACCGUCCGCUGCUCCAUUGAAAAGAUGGCUGCCUUGUUGUGAGCCUUUGCUGGGGAACCUGGACCUGAGUGAUGUGCUGCAUCUAAGCCACGUGUCCCAGCGUGCCCAGCCUGGGCUUCUUAGCAGUGUCUUAGAGGAGGAGACAAUGGUAUUUUAAAACUCUGUAUCGAAUAUUUUGUUUUUGCUUGAAAGUGGCUCAGCCUGUGUGGCUACGUCUCUUAGUUUUGUGGCUUUGCACUGUUGUGACCAGGACUUAUGCAGUGCGGAAAGGAGUGGGUGAGGAGGGCAGUGUCCUGUCACAGACCUGUUGGGGGGGGGUGCCUCUGUAAGGCGUUUCUGCUCUUCAUGUCUCCAUACCUGGCAGCUGACUCAUCCCGUGCGCUGUGGCCGUGUUUCAUGUUGGCACCGAUAAUUCAUCUGUCCUUGUGAGGCAAGUCUUCCUACUGCGGGAAACAGAAUAAAAUCCUCUAAAGAGUG